GUAGGCAGAAAAAAGUCAAUUUACAUACAUAUAUCGGGACUUGCUUCAAUUCAAAUUGAAAGUAAAACAUAAACACAAACCCCCCUAAAAAUUUGGUGAACCUUAGUGAAAAAUUCAAAACAUUCAACAUGUUUAGCUCGUUUACAGACGCUUCAAAAUCUUCCCUAAAAAAUUUGGGCGACAAGACCGCCAACCUGUUCAGCAGAAAGAAGGACGAGGCCGAAAAGUUGGCUAACGAUAAAGCUACCGAAGCCCAGAAGUUAGCCGAGGAGCAGGCCCGAAAGGUUGGCCAAUCGGUGCAGCAAACUAAAAGCGAAGCCGAAAAUUUGGCCACAAGCACCGCCAAAGAAGCCGCCGCCCUGGCCAAUGCUGAAGCCCAAAAAGCUGGUCAGGCCAUCGACCAAGGCGUGAAUCGCGCUUCGGCCGCCGUCAAUCAAGGCAAGCAGGCUAUCGACAAUACUUUGCAACAGGCGAACACUGCGGCUCAGAACUCGAAGCAGGUGGCAGCCAAUAUUGCGGAUGCCUCGCAACGGGCGGCUGUCAAUGCCGUUGACCAGACGAAAAAGGCCGCGAAUGAGGCGAUUAACAAGAGUGUGAAGGCCGCCGAGAACGUGGCCGAUCAGAAGCUAAAGCAGGCCGAGGGUGCCAUCGACAGCACACUCAAGAAUACAAGCCAGGCAGUAGACCAGAAGCUGAACGAAGCCAAUAAGUACGUGGAUCAGAAGCGAGAGGGUCUAGAAAAGAACUUGCACGAUGCUGCCUCCAGCGCACAGGAGAACGCUGGCCAGCAGGCCACAAAUCUGUUGGGCAAGUUGCACUUGGGCCAGAAGUAGAGAGGUUUAAGAAGAGCGACGAUUUAAACAAUGUCAUUAAAUGUAAUUAAAAUGCUUUAAAAAUUGAA